AUGAACAUUAUAAAAAGAAAGACAAUUGUGAAGUUAACAAUGGGUGUAUCUUGCCAAAUCCAACUUAAUAAGCCACCAGAAGAUACUUUCUGCAGUGGAGAAGUGAUUUCUGGAAUAAUUAAAUACUCACUCGACGAACCAAUGGAAAUAGAAAGGAUAAUUGUCUCCCUAAAAGGUAUGGGUGAUUUGACUUUAAUAAAACGACACAAUAAAAAACAUAGCACAUAUACAGCUGAAGAAGUUUAUGUGGAUGCUAAUGAAAUAGUUCAAGAAAAAAAUUCGAUAAAACCUGCUGGUAAUUAUGAGAUCCCAUUCAGGUUUAAAUUGCCAGAGAAAAUACCACCGUCAUUGAAGUAUGAGAAGAUACAUGGACCCUACUGUGUGUUUUGUAAUAUAAAAUAUUAUAUUCGAAUAAAAUUUGAUAAUACAGGAUAUAACCAAUCCAAAUAUUUUCGAAAGAAAAUCGCUGUAAUCUCAACAAUAACCCCCAAAUUGUCAAUGGAACCCGUGAUAUAUGAGGAGAAGAAAAAGUUGCCACGUUUGUUCAGGAGUAAAAUUAGUACAGUUGCAAUAAAAGCAAAUAUCCUUAACUCAGUUAUCCCUAACGAUGGUAAAAUCGAAAUUGAGUCAGAAAUCAAAAAUGAUUCUUAUGUUAAAGUGAAAGGAGUUGAAGUUAAAUUGAUGGAAGUCUACACAGUCAAGCCUAAAGGAUAUGGAGAUAUAAAAUUUUACGAUGAUGUAAUGAAUUGUGAGAGCAGAACUUCGUCUAUAAAGAGUGGAGCGACCAAAGUCAUACCUCUAGAUCUGAUUGUUCCAACAGAUAUAUUAUCUUUGCAAAACUCUAAGAUAGUAUCGAGAGAUUACGUGGUUAGUAUAACAGCUCAGCUUCCGAUUCCUUUUAGGAAUGUCGUUUUAGAGAUACCUGUGCAGAUAGGGGAUCAUACGUUGGUGAAACCUUCGGAGAUGACUGGAACUUCACCAGCUUACUUUGAAGCAAUGGGCGAAAAAGAAAGUAGAGUUGAUGAUGGCAGUGAAUAA